AAAAAAAAAAUCAAACCACCUCUGGACCCAAACGAGAAGAAGGAGAAUGAGACAGCAGCCUUGACCCCUACACUGAGAGGAAGGUGAGCAGAAAGAAAGAAAACACAGAAAAGCCAUGCAAGCACCAAACCUGUAGAUUACUGCAGGUCUUUUUUUGUUUCACUGAGGACAAAUAUUUUACUGACAGCCAUGCAGCAUAAAGGCAUCAUGCUGAUUGUGUUCUUGGAAUAUUUUAUUUCUGGACAUGGAGAAGCAGAUCCCACGAGGCCACGAGCCUCCCGCUGCAGCGGCCGUGCCUGCAACCCUCCCGUGGGGAACCUGGCCACAGGAAGGACACCAGUGACCAGCACCACGUGUGGCCAGAACAGCACAGAGCUCUUCUGCUUCUACCCAGAGCAGAACCUCCUCCACCACGUCUCCCCUGGCUGUGGGCAGCCGCGCUGCGCCAAGUGCAACAUCAACCAGCCCGAUAACUCCCACCUCCCUGCUGACAUGACAGAUGAUUUCUUUGCAAACCCCAUCUCCUGGUGGCAGUCUGCCCAAGGGGUACACAGAGAAGAAAUCAGACUGGACUUUGAAACAGAAUUCUACCUGACCCAUGUCAUUGCUGUGUUCAAGUCACCUCGCCCAGCUGCCAUGGUGUUGGAAAGAUCCCAGGAUUAUGGGCAGACUUGGAGGCCCUACAAGUAUUUCUCUGUCAACUGCACAGCUACUUUUGGGCUCCAGGAUGAUCUCAUUGAGGAAGGCUCCAUGUGCACUUCCAGGUAUUCAGAUGCAGUGCCCUGCACCAGAGGGGAGGUGAUUUAUCGUGCCUUAAGUCCGGCCAACAAGAUUGAAGACCCUUACAGCCCUGAGGCCCAGGAUCUCCUGAAGCUCACCAACCUCCGCCUGCUUCUGUUGAAAAGACAGGAAUGUCCCUGCCAUGGCUCAGGAUUGGUAGAGAAACCCCAAAGAUUUGCCCACUAUGCUAUUUAUGACCUGAUCAUCCGGGGAAGCUGCUUUUGCAAUGGGCAUGCAGAGGAAUGUGAGCUUGCCAACAGGACGGGAGUCAUGGAGAACAUGGUCCAUGGGAAGUGCGUGUGCAGACACAACACGGCCGGGGACCACUGUGAGAAAUGUGCUCCGCUCUACAACGACCAGCCUUGGAAGCCAGGAGAUGGGAAAACAGGGGCACCUAAUGAAUGCAGAAAGUGUCGCUGCCACAACCACGCCGAGAGCUGCCACUUUGACCUGAGCGUGUGGCUGGCCUCGGGGAAGCGCAGCGGGGGCGUCUGUGACAGCUGCCAGCACAACACCGAGGGGCAUCGCUGCCAGAGGUGCAAGCCUGGCUUCUACAGAGACAGAGGCAAGCCCUUGUCUUCUCCAGACGUCUGCAAACCCUGUGCCUGCCAGCCCAUGGGUUCAGCCAACACCACGUUCAGCAGCAGCUGGAGAUGCCACCCCCGGACAGGAUUCUGCUACUGCAAACCAGGAGUGGCAGGUCCCAGCUGUGACAGGUGCCUGGUGGGCUACUGGGGCUUUGGAGAGAACGGCUGUCAGCCCUGUGACUGCGCCAGAGACUGUGACCAGCGCACUGGGACGUGUUUCAACGGCUAUGACAGUGAGCCCUUCUUUAAUGUCCCCAUCGGGGGACGAAUCCCCGACCUCAUCCAAGCGCCAAGCAACGAGAGCGAAGAGGAGUGGAAAUGGAACGACCACGAGCAGGGAUUUUCUGCACUGAGGCACCCAGAAAAGUGUGUGUGCAAAGAGAAGGUGCUCGGGAGUGUCAGUGACUUCUGCCAAAUGAAAUAUGCCUAUGUAAUAAAAGCAAGAAUCCUGUCUGCUCAUGACAAAGGGACCCAUGCAGAAGUUGUUGUGAAAGUGAAGAAGGUCCUGAAAUCAGGCAAAGUGAAAAUUGCCCGGAGCAACAGAAGCAUUUACCCAGAAUCCUGGACCAACAGAGGCUGUACAUGUCCCAUUCUCAAUCCUGGUACUGACUAUCUCAUAGCAGGCCAGGAGGACUCUAGGACUGGCAAACUCCUUGUGAACAUGAACAGCCUGGUGAAACCCUGGAAGGCAUAUUUGGGAAAACAAGUAUCAGAUAUUCUUCGAACUGGAUGCAAAUAAUUUCUGCCUCAGAAAUUAAAGUGCUGGACUUUGCCUUUUAGUAACACUGCAGUGAAAGGUGUAGUUAGUUCAAGCAUUCCCAUUCAACAUGCUCCUAGCUGAAGCAAGGAAAGCAGACUUGCCAUCCCUCCUUUCAUGUGCUUAGACAGGAAACUUGGGACAUGACUACUUUUUUAAAAAAAUGCACAGCCUUAUAACACAAAAUCACCUAGUGCAUCAUAUAUAGAUCACAAGUCAGUUCUUCACUUGAGCCUGAUUCCAGCCAGAAUCAUUUUACAAGGCCAAACUAAAGACAUGGACUAGUGUUUCCAUACUUCAGGUCAGAGUCUGAUAUUAAUAUGCAUAAACUGCUUUCAUAAUACAUCCAUUACUGGAGUGUAAUUUUAUUUAUAAGUGACCACUAAAAGGCAGCAAUUUCUUUCAGCUUUACAAGUGGCAUAAUACUAAAUAAGCAUAUAAGAGAGCUCAAACUGAUUUACCAUCAGACUGCAAUUAUGCCAAUAUAAUGGGCUGCUUUCUAGAAGCCAGUAUUAUCCCACUGCCUACAGAAACAAAUAUGUGGCUUAUCUUGGGACAGUGUCCUUUAGAGAUGUGCAUCAUGUA